AUGUCCCUCAUUGGAGCACCAGUUCCUGGAUCAAAAGCAGAUGGAAGGAAAAUGAGAGAUGCCUUAUGCGUGGUGUCUGGCAGCAAGGACCGCUCAGAGUUUCCUGAGCUAAGGGGUACCUCAAGGAUGCUCGACCAUACGAGGCCUGUCUCUUCCUCCCUGGAGUAUAGUUUUGUCCCAGAAGAGAUUUUCCGAACUCUGACCUCUGCUGCCAGUUCUCUCUAUAGGCCGGAGCACCUACGAUCGCCCCAAACCACCAGAAAGGCGAUGGGCUUCAAGGGCUGCCUGCAAACCCCCGACGGGCUCUGGCAUUACCCGAAUCGCCGCAACAAGUUCAGGCACCUGACGGACCACCCCGUCAGCCUGACAGGAGCUGGACGGGACGUCUCUUACCUGUGCGACGUUGUGGCUGGCCAAGAAGAUGCAAAACCGAGGACCCCCAGGAGCAAUUUUUCCGAGCGUGGUCAGGAGCAAAGACGAAGCGGUGCUGCUGUCUCAGGGCUUGCCCAAGCAAGCCUAGCAGACAGUCUGAUUCCAGAGGAGCUUCACAUUGUGAAGAACAGGGGAGUUUUGCCCUUGAAGUAUUUUGAUGAUAAAUACACAACUUUGCUUGAAGACAGUGAAAAGAAACUUCGGCUGUUCCCAUCCAUGAAACCUUCAGGGAGGUUAGAGGUCGUCCAGCUGAUGGAGGCCAUGGACAGCAUGUUGGAAAAAGCUGGAGUAGACAACAAGCUAGUCGGAGUAACAGGACCUUCGCAGCUGCACAAUGUGCUGGAACUGAUGAAGACAGAGCAGAACAUUUACAACAUAGUUUUCCAUGAGCUGAUUCGGCAGGUCAGCGUGGACUGCAUAGAGAGAGGACAGCUGCUUUCGAAGCUCAGGCAGAGGUACGUGAGUCUGCUGGAGCGGAUUCCUCAACAAAUGAAGACCCUCUACAAAGAAAUGAUGGCCCAGCGGUUGGUCGACAGACAUAUUGCAGAGGAGUUAUUCUAUUUCAAGGAAUCUGUUGCACAGCUGACCAGAGAGCUGUAUGAGGUACGAGAACAUGACCGCAAGGUGACCAGAGAAGCAGAACAAGCUCAACAGGAGCUUGCCACAGCAGUGCGGGAGGCUGAGAUGAAUGCAAACCUUGUGGAAGAGUAUCGGGAGUUAUAUGAGUUACAGAGAGCCAGACUGGAAGAGCAGAUUCUCCUGCUAAGACAAGAGAGAGACAUUUGGAGCUCAGCUGCACAUGACCUGGCGCUGAAGGUGAUAGAUAGAAACCGGCUCAUAUUGGCUCGCAGGCUCUAUGUUAGUGAAAAGACACUGAUCAAACUUCUCAAACAUUUCAUAGUCCUCUUGGCAUCACAGGACACAAGAGACCUUGCUGAUCUGCAAGAGGAGACUGAGCAGUUCAGACAAAUGCUGGGACACAUUGGAGCAGAAAUAGACUGCUGUGAGGAAUCCAGCAAGGAGAAACUGCAUGCUGUCCGACGAGGCCUCACCAGGUGGCUUCAGUACUUCCAGGACAACAUCUUUUCCUCUCCGGUGAAGGAAGAGCUAUUGGAUGAAAUGCUGCAAGAUAUCAAGAAUUUGGAAAAUAUGUUAAAUGAAGACCUGCAGCAGUAUGAAGGGGAGGUGUACCUAACAAAAAUGGAAAGUCUGAAGAACGUUGCCAGGCUACAGGAACACUGGACCAAGCUAGGACACACAGUGCUGAAUCGACACCGGGACUUCAAUGGAGCAUUGCCUCCAGAGCAUGCUGCCAUGGAAGAAAUAAAUCAAAGAGCAUGUGAACUCUGCCAACAAUAUCAAAUAAGGAUAAGUGGGGAUAAUGGCACAACUAAAAUUUUGACACGCUUGGUGAGAAGUAUGGAAGACUGGUUAGUUAGGGUGCAAAAGCUGAAGCAAGGUUGUGACAUGCAUGAAUCUGAGCUGCAGGCCUUUCGUCACCCCCUUCCCACAUGGCUGGCCCAAGUGAACGCAUUGAUGAGCUUCAUAGGCUCCAGCCAGUUGCAUGAAAAUGAGAAUGACAAGCAACCACAUCUCCCAGUGGUACCCAGAGAAGUGUUUAAGAUGAUUCGGCAGUGGAUUCUGUCCAUGAAUAGUGAAAUUGAGAAGAACAUCACACAUCUUAACCACGAAGUGACUGAACUGCACAGAAACUUGACGCUGUGGCUGGCAAAUUUGCUGAGAUACAUGGUCCCAGACCGUUUGUGCUGUGAGUGUCCCCAGCGGACAGAUACUGAUAUGGAAGAGGAGCUCCGAUUUCUGAGUGCUUGUAAGCUAGAGGAUGAAGCUGAAGGGCUGGUUGCCAAGAUCAGCAGACUCUCUAGUUAUAUGAUCAGCUGCUGCCAGGAGAUUGUCGGUGCCAUCGUUCGAAAGAAACAGUCAGAGACAGGUUUACAAGAUGAUGCGGAGCUGCAGGAGCUGAAUAAGAUCAAGAUUGAGUGCUGUAAUUGGAUUCAAGCGUGUAGUCUUAUCCUUUCAGAGAUCAAAGGCGCUCCAGUCUCCUUUCUGAGUUUAGAAGAGCUGAAAAAACUCUUUGGCUCAGAGGUGUUGCAAUUAAAGCUUAACCUUAAGGACCCUGUCACUUCUUCAUCUCAGGAAGGGCUUGAAGCUGAGGACAUCAACAGUGAUAAGAAACCCAUAACAGAGGAAGAAACAUUAGAACAGCAGCCAGGGGCUGGCACUGAUUACCUGACUGAGGGCGAUGAAGCAACCACAGACAUGAUCAGAUAUGUGGGACAUGACUUCAACAUCCACCUGAAGUCCCUGAAGUCAGACAUCGUUUCAGUUACAGGGAGGGAGAUGACUGCCACCAAGUCGUCGACCUCCUUUUCUCAGAAAGAGUUUGAAGCCCUGGCAAUGGUGGAACAUCUUCAAGUACAGCUCCUAGAAACAGAGAUCCGUGCUCAGAAUGCAGAGGAGAGAUCAGAAGGUCUUGAGGAGAAGCUGGAAGGAGCUCUGGAGAGAAUCCAGGAGUUGGAGAAAGAGCUGGAGAAAGAGCACAAAUGAAAGAAACAAGCAACACCUAAACAAGGGAAAGGUCAGGAGAAUCAAUGGUUUGAACCUUCUCCUGGACUCGGAGAGAGAAGCAAACUGAGCCACUUCAUUCAUCUCGCAUUUAGUGUAGGACCAUCCUUUCCUAGGCACAUUCUAGGGUUUUGUUGUUAGAUGCCAAACAAGGCGGCUUUUACCAUUCCCCCAGGAGAUGAUUUUAAACUGGGGCAAUAGGAACUGUUGGACUCGGCCUGCUUCUGAGAGAAAGUUAUUUUGUUUGGGUACUGAUGCAGGCUCUUUCUAGGACAGCACUGUAACUGGCUUUAUCUUCCUUGCAAGUAAGCAUUCCUUGUUACAGUCAGGAUGAUCUGUUUAGGGACACUGAUUCCUGGGUGCAAAAGAAAGUUUUCCACAUCCUUCACUCUCAAAGGCCACAGACCUUCAUGUAGAUAGCUUUUGGACCUGUCAUCAGAGUUGUGCCGGCUUCCAUAUCCUGUCACCCAUAGCAAGGGUACUCCUUUGCGCUACAGAGGAAGGUGUAAAGAGGCAGCAGAAGCCAGUGGAGGUCUGAGAAAGCUUCCUCUGUUUGCUGUACAGAACUCGGGCACAGCAUGGUCCUGGCUCA